AUGUCUCAUAAAGGUUAUCCAAUUAUUGAAAUAUUGAAUUUACGUAUAAAGAUGAAGGAAGUCUUUGAAAGUAAAUAUUUAACUGAAAUGAAAUGCUUGAUAAAAGAAUGUGGUGGUUGCCCGUUAAUUGUUCAACACGAUGAUGUAUGGAAAUGGAGAGGUAGCAAAAAUCCCGGAAGUAUUAUUAUCAACCAAUGGCCUGAUUGGGAAUCGUAUCAUAAAUACUCUACAAAAGAUGAAACAAGGAAACUUGAAGAAUUGAGAAAAACAAUCGGUUGUGGAUAUAAAAUUGUUGCUGAAUUGAUCAUUGACAUGUGA